GACUAACGGUCAGUUGGUGGAAAGCGUCCCGAACUACGCAGCGUCUUGAGUGAUAGCCUAUCUUCAGUUGUUCAACUAAUUUCUAUGCGUGUAUAAACGUAUAAGUUAUCCGAAAACAGCCGGGAGGUCCACAGCGCAAUAUACAGAGCGUAAGAAAAAAGUACCUGUCGAGUCUGUCGGAAGGAAAAGAGCGCCAGCUCUCACUCUGCCAAAGGAUUAUCUUCGUGCGGCGGUGUCGGGCGAGAUACAGCGUCAACAUCGCUGCAGGACGGCGUCGCGACUCGAGGGAUGAGAGAGAUAAGAGGAAAGACUGCUCGGCGAGUGCGCCGUAGAAAGGCGUGUAAACCGGGCUGCCCGCUUUUCCAUCGCCUGAAAAAAAAGGAUACAAUAGGUAGAGCUGCGUCGACUUAAGGUAAUCAGUUUAGAAAUUGCAGAGUCGCUCAGCCCGCCGCGUCUCUCACGAAGAAGCUUCGAGAGAGCGAGAGAGAGAGAGAGAGAGAUAAAGAACGAGCGGCAGAGAGAUAAUUCGUGGCAAUCCAUUCGCCGGAAGUGUCUCGCCUGCAUCGGAGGAUUAAUUGUCAGCAUUAGCGCGGGGGAUUUAGCGGGCGUGAAUCGGCCUCUGCCUUAUUCGACAUUUUUCGAUCAGCCGUCUCAGAUAUAAACAAACACAUUGCACAGGGCGACUCUCUUUCUUCCUCUCACGGGGUCAGACAGCUCGCGGCUCUCGCUCUCCUGCACAGCGGCGACAGGAGAAAUUCAUACAUUAAGCAGCUUGCGGCAGCUACCGCAGCGGCAUCUUUUUUCCACACUCUGACUUUGACGAAUCAUGAGCUGCCGGGAGAAACUUGAAGCGCGACUACUACCGCGAGUGCUAUUUCACACGGCCGCAGCGAUACGAGAGCUGCAGCUGCAGCGCGCGGAAGUCUCAAUCGAAGUGUUUGCUCUCCUGCCAAGGCGAACGAUCUCGCGGUAAAAAGCCAUUUCUCAGGAAAUUCACGCGCGCGCGCGUGCGCGUGUACGUGUGUGUGUUGCGCCCGUCCUCCCUCGAGCGUUACGUCCAAUUUGUCGGCGCGAGCGCGCUGAGGAACUGCGCACAGUUUAACUCGGCUAGGAAUGAGACAGACAGACGAAGCGGAGCCAAAGCCAAGGUUAGCCGCAAUUAUGCCCACGCAAUAGCUGCACUGGAGACGAGCUAUCUCUUAGCGCAUAUAUAGAGAAAGUGACAGACUGACAGGCAGAGCUUGCGGGAGCUUUGCGUAAAUAUCCCAAGAGGAGUUAACCUCUUACACACACGGUCGCGCGACAAAGAGCUGUAAAGGGUAAACGACCGGGAGCGUAAAAGGCGUCCCGACCUUGACGUCUCGCGCGCGAGAAGAUAAUAUAAUCCAGAAAUAAGUGCAGCAGAAGCAACACCUCGGCGACGUUUCCACUGUACACUCGGCCUCUACAGCGUGCGGCAGCUUAUUGUCACUUUUGAGAGCCUAGAGCGCACACGUAGCUCGCGCGCGCACGACAUUGUGGGAAACCGACGCACCGGAAGAGAGCACCGUGUGCCCGGCCUACCGUGAAUCUUCCACCUUUAUUAAAGCCGCUCUCCGCCGCGCGCUGUGUCUUUGCUGCCGCUGUACGGCCUUAUCCGGCCUUCAGACUGCUGCUGCUGCUGCUGCUGCUGCUGCUGCUGCUGCUGCUGCUGCUGCUGCCCACCCACUCGUUCCCUGUAUACUUAUAGCUGUAUACCUACGUCUUUUCGAGCGUCCAACCGUUGAUUACAUUUCGUGCCGGCUUUUCACAACGAGCGCGACGAUCUCUUCUCUUUGUGAUAGACUAUACUGUGGCCGAUGCAGCCCGUGGUUAGAUCGCUGGAUAUGUAUCACUCUGUUUUUUUCCGGUUCUUCGUAUAAUUCGAGUAUAUAAAUCUAGGCCCGCGAGACUAUAGCGAGUGUGCCUAGUGUACAUCGGCGGCGGUAAUUAGAUGCGCAAGACUCGCGCUGUGCAUGAGCGAGAAUUAGUCUCUAUAUUAGCAGUAGGUCGCGCGGGGGAUAAUUUGCCAAAGAAGUUUGCACUUUCUCUACCGUCUAUAAGUACACGCGGCUUACACGAGAGUAUUAUACAGGCGGAAGCAGGGAACUCGUGUAAUACGUGUACGCGGAGAGGAGCUGAAUUUUCGAAAGGGAAAACAAGCCGCCGCGACGAUGACAAUCUCGACGAUCGUUUUCUUCUCUGUUAACUGUUUUCUCUCCCCCGCUUGUUGUGUAUAUACAUUCUUGGGAAUUAAUUAGCUGUGGAAAGCCUGAUGAAUUUCAAAAGAAGCAUCCAACUUAAUCGAAUCGUUCCACGCGCGAGCUGCGAAGCCUGUGUUUUUACAGAACGCGGACGCCUAUCAUAAAUUAACGGACGGUUUCUCCUCUCACUCUCGCGGUUCUAUGCGCGGAAAAAGAGAGCGAAAUUUCAUUUCAAUUCAUAUGUUUACACAUACUUUUCAUCGUCUCGUAAAAAACAACCUUCUGCAAUAUUGAAUAACUUGCACGAUGCCGCCCCAAGCGGAGGUCGAGAGGUUUUCCCAUCAGCUGGUCGUUUAUCUCGGCGCGACAGCCUCGUUCUCUGACGGUAUCGAAUCACGAAAACUCACACGCUUAUGCGCCAUAAACGAGCGGAGCAGAGACAAAAGCCGCGAAGAGAGCAGCGCAUUAUAAUAUACGCAAUAAUUAAUGAUCGAUAGAGGCAUUGCGCAGUAGUGCAAUAAAUCGCGCGACGUGAGAGAGAGAGAGAGAGAGAGCUGAGCCGGGCAAAUCUCUGCAGUACACAGAGCGACGAGUCAAUAUACGGGUCACGCCCGGCGAAGAAAUCGCGAGUUGAUCGGCCGUUGUCUCGCACUUAUAUAUAUAUAUAUAUAUAUAUCUGUAACGUGGGAGUAUAGGCGCGCAUGACGGAGCACUUUGGAGCGUUAAUGUAGAGCGGCGUACCUUUCGUCAAGGGACUUUCCCCUCAUUUAUUAUCGCCUGGAUAUAUUAUAAUAAUAACGAUAACAUGUAGAUCGCGAAGGAAGAUGUUAGAUGCUGCAGAGGAGCUUCUUCGCGCCGCUGGGGAAUAUCCAUAGCCCCAGAUAGCAGCGAAACACUUGGUUUUUCUUUUCACGUGUAAAAAAUAACAAAAAAAAAAAACAAAAAAAACAAAAAAAACAAAAGAGAUGGGGUAGUCAUAGUCGCUACUCAGUAGUGGAUUGUUAUUAAUAAUCCAGAGGCUGACUGUGUAAAUACACCGCAUUGGUAGGUUAUGAACGACCCACUCGUACCGAGUCUUCCAUUGGAUCCGCGUAAAACUAUUCCCUAGUACCUUAUAACUAUCUUAUAUCUGUAUAAUACUGACAUAUAGACAAUCACAGGACACGGAUCCAAGGAGAGGGCCUUUCUGAGAGAAUCGAAGCAAUAACUGCCGCAGACAGCGAUUACGCACAGUCUUCCUGAGAAGCAUCGGACUACCGGCUACGGAAAUUUUGGAACUUCUAUAUAUACUAACCGAGUGCGCGUCUUAACACUCGCGAGAUAAGUUUUCCGGACACCACCUAUCGGCAGGAGGGGGGUACUCACAUCGCACGCGACUCGAUUUCUACACGUCGUUCCGAUACACUAUACACAAUACACGCGGCCUACAAAGUCGGCUCUAUCGAUGCUGAUGGGAUCCUUAUCUCGCUAGGCCAUCGUACUCCCGCAGCGCAUACACACACGUGACUUCUUUCCCUUUCUCAUUUGCAUACUUCCUCUCAUAAUUUGUAUUGUUUACCCGCAGCGCGAAAGUGGGCGCGCGAAUUUCGACUUCUAUAUAAUGUAACAAUGUGGAGCUUUGUUUCGUAUAUACAUACACCUAUGUGUCUGUACCCGUGGACUCGUUUUCGCUGAAGCGAUCCUUGCGACACGUGCAGCGCGUUCAUUAAUCUUGUAAACUUUUUCCCCAGAAUUUUUUUUCGAGAUUAAUUCGAGGUAUUAUGCAGAGCUUUGCAAUACGCAUAAAUCCAGUACACAGAGAGUAUUAAAGGCCCGAGGCGGGAUUUUUUUUCUCCUUCCGUCGAGGAAGAUUGCUAUUUUCGCCCAAGAAAAAGAAAGGCGUGAUUCUCCGCGGAGCGGCAGUGUUUCUAGUCGAUUCUCCCUCUCUUUCUACAUUAUCGACGGGGGAGGCCCGCGCGUGCGUACGGAUGUAUAACGAGAGUCGAUUCAGCCGAUCGAUGUAGGUGACCUGGUCUUCUAAUUACCAGACAGCGCCGACUUUUACAUCGCGGGAGAUAGCUUCAUUAGUGCAGCGCUUGGGAUGAUCCGCGAGUAGAAAGCUGCUGUAUAACACGCGUUCGCACGAGAUCCUCCUCUUGUAUACAGCAGUGCGGGUAUAUGGAAAAGUCAUCGGGACGUUUUUUGCGCGCGCUCUGUUACCUGCUUUUGUUUGUUUAUCGGCAUCAGCUGUGACGGUCGUUGCUUCAACACGUGUCACAAUGAGAGGGAACACACGCGUGUACUUGUACUAUUGCGUCGACUCAUCGGCGCGCGUGAAAAAGCUAAUACUCGUGUACAUACGCGAUCCGGCAGUGGUACAGAGUAAUCUUCCUUAAGUAGCUUAAGAUUCCUCGACGCGUGUCGUGUUGAAUAUAACGAUUCAUAAGCGAACCCGAAGCAUCUUUAAAGGCUAUUAUCGGCACGGCACGAUUUUCUCGUAAUUGCCACACACGCUUCGCCUGUUCAUCGAGCCUCGAAAUUCACUCCUCAGAAGGAAAUCAAUUGUGUGCGCCAGCGCAUACUCUCUCAAAAUAAGUAGCCCAAGCGCGAGCGAAGGUUAUACCGCGUUAAACGAGCGAAGGCGGUGAAGGACGCGCUUUUUACACAUCGAAAACUAUCGAAACAAUUCCAAACCGUUAAUUUCAUCUAAAAAAUUCUAACGCUGCACCGCAUCGCUAUACAAGAUUAUAACGGCGAGCAGAAGAAAGUUAUAUUCCGCGAGACGGGGGUUGAAUCGCGAGAGCUAAUAAAGCGAGUAUGAUGAAGGCUGCCGGCGUUCUCCGCGGUAAUGGAGUUUCUAAUUUUAAAUUGAAAAAUAAGUAACGCCGUGCGCAAUCGAACUGCGCUCAACCGAGAGAGCUCUCGCAGUUUCCAUGACGCGCGGGGGCUGCGCUGGGAAUUGCAGUAAACACGGGAUCAUCGCUUCUUCUUCUCUUUCUUUCGGGAUGGCCGAAUUGACGUUUUUCCGAUGCGCAGCUCGCCGGCUUGCGUAACGCGCGUUCGACGAGACGGAAAAUAAUAUGGAAAAACAAGUUUUUUGCUACUCUCGGUCGACACACACACACACACACACGCGCGCGCGGUUAUUUAUAGGCGAGCUGCCGUCCUAGAGGUGUACAGCUUGUUUUAAGCGUCUGCGUGGAUAAUUAGGAAUUAAUGAGCCUUAGAUUCUGUUACGUGCUGCGACGUAUUGCAGUUGAGCAAUAUUGCGAAGCCGAAAACUCAAAAUCGAUGAUUCAGAAUGAUAUGUAAAACAGCGAAGUUGAUGAGUAUACUCUGUAUACUCCGCGCGAUCAGUUGUGUUUGUAGACUCAACCUGGACUCUUUGGACGACGCUCCUAUCCGUCGCUACCAAAGAGCUACCAGUCUUAAGCCGCGAUUUCGGACUUUAUAUAGAAAAGUUUGCCUUGAAUAAAUCGUGAGAAUCAGCCAACUACAAGUGUCCUUUAUUCGAAUACACCCAUCCUGUAUAAGCCUGACUGCAGCACAGCAGCAGCGAUUCAGCCCAAGCAGUUAAACGCAAGAACGGCGAUGCCAGCCGCGGUUCGUCUGAGCUAGUCGAGCAGCUGGAAUCGAGGAUGUCCUCGAUGAUGGAGGAUGGAACGGGCGGCGGCGGCGGCGGCGGCGCCGGCGGCCCGGGGACCACUCGCUGCCUUCUGCUCUUGCAGAGGUCUCUAGCGAUUCAACUGACGAGAGGUCCGCCCCCGCAGAUUCUCAACUCCAGUCAGCACGACAGCUGCAAGGAGCAUCCCGCUGACGAGAUGUGGAUGUACGACAAGGGAUACAAUCUCUUUCAAGGUUUCCUCGAAGCCAACUCCCGAUGCUGGUGGAACGUCGCCUUGGUCGACGCUACUCGACAGCUGAGGUACAAGGGCCACGUGGCCCCCGGAAUUCUCAUGGUCAGCGGUCCGCCCUGCGCCCUUGAGGUCUUAAGAGCAGCCUGGGCGCGCAACGUCUUGCGACCCCCUGCGGAUCACAUUAUCAGUUGUCUCGGGGACAUCGAGGACUGCCUGGUCGCGCCGGUCGCCCAGGGUCAGUUCACGCCGCUGCCCGAGGCCCUGUGCUGGGCCAUCCUGGAGCUGACGUCGCAGCGGCAAGCCGCCACUCUCGACACGUUGCGCUCCGCCCUGAAGAACGCCUUCCCGGCGAUGCAGCGCCCGUCCCGCGAGCUCGUCUACGACGCCCUGGCCAAGCUCAUGCAGGAGCGCAAGAUCUACCACACGGCCCAGGGCUACUUCGUCGUCACCCCGGAGACGAGGCGGCUGAGGCGCGACUCGAGCCGCACAGGUGACAGGCGGACCUCCCGCGAGAUGUCCUCCGGGAGGUCAGCUCAGGCCGGUAUGCUCAUGAGCAACGACGAGGCCAUGGCCCUCGUUCACGGCGAGAUGCUCACGCUCAGGGACGGCGACGUCACGCACCAGGCCGUCCAGACGAACCUCGCCGAUGUCAUCUGCGGAGGCAAUCCAAACGACAAAGUCCUGUUCGCUCGAUGCCGGUCAGUGCCGGGCCGACUGGAGAGGAGGCAUUCCCUGCGCCUCUGGGGUUCGGCCAGGCGUCUUCAUCGAAGCGGAAGUUCGAGGUCGCUACCGAGGAGGCCCGAGAGGAGCGACACCUCCUCGAGCGCCGAGUACGCCAGCACCGACAGUGCACCCCACAGUCCGACGAGCUUGUCCGCUAUACUUUCAGAAAAAAUAGGCCUGCUGUCACGACUCUUCCGACGCAGCACGCGGAGAAAGGGAGCGCCUCUCAUGGGCACGUUCAGCGCGCAGUAUCCGCCGACCGAGUGGUUCAAUCCCCGGGUCGUUCAUCUUCACAGCGUCGCCACGCAGACCAGGGCCGCCAGUCCCUCGAUGGCGGAGGGUCUGGGCCAGUCGCAGGCCAGCUUUCAAGUGUGGGACGACUCGAGCUCGGUGCGCUCGGCCACGCUGCCGCGCAGGCACCGCCGCCAGCCCAGCGGCGACUCCUCGAGUCUGCUGGCCAACUCGACGCCCCGGAGCUCGAGGAGGCACCGAUCGCCCUGCUCGACCCUGCCGCGCUCCAAGUGCUCGAGCCUCAGCAGGUGCACCUCCAGGGCCUCGGUCGUGCCCUCGAGCAACGGCCAGCCUCCCAGCAACGGCAAGAACUCGGCCAACUCGUCGCCCAGCCGAAGCGGCGGCAGCUCCGGCUCCGUCCGAGCGGUCAACAACAACAACAACAACAACAACAACAACAACAACAUCAACCGAGAGAUCAGCAACAGCGCCAGCCCCGCCAAGACCUCCAGCCACUUUGGCAGCCGACUCCAGAGCUCCAGACACUCGUCCAGGAGACCCAGCCACGACCUGUCCACUAGCGGCAGCAAAUCCGCCAGCAGCUCGCCGCAGCACAAGGUGCUGCAAAAGUCCUCCUCGAACCACUCGAGCCACUCGAGCGGCAAGUCGACCUCCAGCAGUCGACUGUCCUCCUCCUCUUCGCCGCUCAAGACCUCGAGCUUCUCGGCCAACUCCUCGCCGCUCAAGGUCAUCCAGCAGGGAGCACUGACGCCACUGCAGGAGGCCCAGAAUUCCAUCACCCUGCAGGUCUCGACGAACCUGAGCCCCUCGCAGGAGCAGCGCGCCACCAGCAGCGUUCAGAGCAGCGUCACUCUCGCCUCGAACUCCUUGAGCACGACGACCAUUUCCGGCUCGCCCGGCACCAAGAUCUACGUGCACCAAAACAACUCGCCCAUGCGCUCCGUCAUCACCUUCGAGAACGGCACGGGCAAGAACUGCUGCCAGGAGAAAGACUCGACCGACAAGCCCGAGAAGCAAGAGAAGCAGGAGAAACAGGAGAAGCAGGAGAAGGAGCAGUUCGUCUGCAAUAAGAAGACCGAGCAGCAGCAGAGCAAACCCGAGCGACCGUCCUCGCUCUACGCCAGCAGUAAGGAGACUAUCAAGCAGCCGCUGCUCUGCGAAUCGGACAAGGAAAACAAGCCCAAGUUAUCCGCGGACCAGGAGGACCAGCUGUCCAACAAGCUCAAGCUGACGAAUAACCGACUGAACAACAGCCAGGCUCACCUGAUCGACGGCUCGAGCAAAGAGAGCAACGACGCGAUGAACAACUCGCGCAAGCUCAGUCUCUCGCUGUCCAAAGACGCGUUGAGCUAUCGCAACCUUCUGCGACCUGGCUCGAAGAACAACGUCUCCUCGAACCCGCCCUCGCCUACCAAGUCUUACGACGGCUUUGGCGGCUCGUUCAACAACGUCUACAUUGAAAAGUCCUACGAGGCGGCGAAACAGCAGCGCGCCGCGGCCCAGGGCUCCGAGCCGAACCUCGAGAAGACGGCCAGCCGGGCCGAACUCUACUCCUAUCCUAGUCUUAGCGACAUGCAAGUGCAAUUCACGAGCCUCGCCGCCCAGAAGAUCCUCAAAGGCUGCCCUCUCAACAGCGUCGACACCCUCGUCGAAGUCAACAUGGCUGCUGCCGAGAAACCCAAUAAUUGCGACGUCACUGUCCAUACGGAUUUUGGCCUAGUUUAAACACUGCCACGACUACAGCUUUUCUUCUUUUCCAUUCCUACCCUUUCUAUCCAAAAAAUAAACGAACGUUGUCGCCACCCCCCCCCCCCCCCAGUCCACUGCCUUUUUUUAGAAUUCCCCCUCUUUUGAAAUAUCUAUUACCCAGUAUAUUAUACACACACAUGUAAAAUAUAUACAUAAAGUAGAAGUUAUAAACUCGCGAGCUUACCGUCGACGAUAAUAAUUGCAAAUGAGUAGAGAUUUUUGCUAUUCGUUUAAGACUCGUCAGCGAUUCAUUGCAUGCGUUCGUUAACUUUUUCAGUUGAUCACGUAUACUAUAAGAUAGAGAGACUCGCGUCUGGGAUUCAUCCUGGGCAUAUUUUUGCGAUGAAAACUUUCUAAAUCACAUCAUUUAUUUUUUCCGACGCAUUUCUACCUGUCUAGAUAAAGGAUAACUUAUCAAUCAAUAAGAAAUUAAUAAUGAACAAUGGCCUUAAAUUAUUAAAUGAUGUUUUCGAUUGUUGACACUUUACGUUCCACUUGCUUGAGAGCAAUAUCCCUUAUACGUUUGGUCGAAUUCGUCCGAUUAUCCGUACAAUUCUGCGCCGUCACCCGCAGUUUUGCAUCGCUUUACCCCGCGAAAGCGAAUUGCCAAAGCGAACUUUACUUUUGUUAUUAGGAGAUUUGUUGUUCUUUGUAAACGACGUAUGUACGCAUUCACGACUCAUUAUAUAUUAUAUAAAGAAAAUAUUAUCGAGAUGUUCCCAAGCAAGUUAUUGAAGACUUUUAAAAAAAUGGAGACUAGAAAAUGAAUUUAAUAAACCUAGAUAAAUGAAACAUGAUAAAUGUAAGAAACGCGAUCGGCUAAUUCGUAGCGCAGGUGGCCCGUACUGUACCACUAGUGCAAUUUCAUAUGUAUUUUCCAAGUGCCAAAACCGUAGAACUUAAUCGAUCGCCUUAAGCGUUUCGCACAACGAGUUUAAGUCCAAGUCCGUUAAACUGAAACGCCAAUUUUACAAAAAGACCGUCGUUAAUAAUAAUAAACAUAACACUAGCCGUAGGUGCAGAAAAAAAAGUAAGAGUAAUAAAUAAGAGAGCGCAUCAGAUACUUAUAAGGGAAGGACUGGACAUUGAUUUACAUUUUUACAGAAUAGAAGCUUUUGUACAAUUAUAUUAUAGAUUAUUAUACUAUGUACACCUCGCCGACCUUAUUUUAGGAAAACAAAAAAGGGUAAAGAGUUUAGAAUGAAAUUUUUUAGGAAAAGAGUUUAUGAGCUAACAUUGUUGUGAUUGAAUUUUAUAGAAAGUACCGAGCAAAAUAUCCUUUUUGUAGUAAAUUUUUAAGCGUUUGAGAGAAUAUCUUUUGGGAAAUAUACAACUCACGAAAACGUACGAUCCUAGUCCUACCUUAAGAGCGCAAGAUCGUGAGCUUUGUACAUUUAUAAUAUGCAUCAGCGAUUAACCAAUAAUAAUGUUUUGCGCAUGUUAGAUCGUGUUACAGGCGCGAGCUGUAGACGCACAGCAUCUUUUUCAUCAAAACUAACUUGUAGAAUAUAAAAUUGUACGAUGUUAUUGUCUUACGGAUGUAACGAGGACCGCAAUAAUAAAAGUCAAAAAUUAUACCAUAA